AUGAUCAGACCUGUUAUUGCUGUUCCAUUCGUGUUAUUUUUCGUGGCAUUUGCAUGGAACGAAAGGGAUCACGUACCAUUUGAAUUUGCAUAUGAACGCAGACCAGACUGGUGCGUUGAUGAAGAUCCAUUAUGUUCAAUGCUUAAAAGCUGGUGUAUCAGUGCUAAUAAAACUCGGGAAAAUUAUAUGAAGAAAGCUUGUCGACGAACAUGCAAUAUGUGUUAUGAAGGCAUGAACUAUACGAAAACAUGCUAUGAUAAGGAGGAUGAUUGCUCUCAAAGGGAAAUUGAAUGCUUUUCUGAAGCAACUGCUGAACGCAUGUAUCAUUUGUGUCCGGAAACAUGCGGAUUUUGCAACAAUGUUUGUGCCGAUCUGGCAACGAAUUGCAUCGAACUGACCGAAUAUUGUACGUUCACUUAUUGGCAUCAAGCGGUAAUGCAAUCCAGAUGUCGUUUGACAUGUUCAUUUUGCAGAGUUUACGACCGGGAAAACUUUGAACCAGUAAGCUGCUCGGAUAAUUUAAGCUACUGCAAAUACAUGAGGGAUCUUUGCGAACGGAUUGAGCACCAACAACAUAUGAGCGAAGAUUGUUCUAAUACAUGUAACUUCUGUGAUUAUAUUGAAAAAGUGGAGGAUAUUCCAACGGAAUGCAAUGACGCGGAAGUGGAAUGCCCUAGAAAAAGACAUUUAUGUUAUGUAGAAGGACGUCAAAGCUACUAUAUGUGGCGUAACUCUGCAUUCCACGUGACAUUGGUGUUACGGUUAUUCCUCUGCAUAAAUAUGGGUGAGCCGGAGGAUGUUGAUGCAAUGCUUGAGGAGGCGCUUGACAAAAUUGAAGAUUCUGAUCGAAAUUACGGUCAUGGGCAUGCGGAACCAAUGGCAGCAUUGAUACGGGGUGAACCACCGAAGAAAGAGGAGCCAUCCGGCGAAGAAGGUGGUGAGGAAACACCCAAUGCAGCCAAUGGUACGGAAAAAAUGGAUACUGAGGAUGGAACGACUCUUUCGCAAACUAAAAAGAAGAAAGAGAGCAAUGAACAUAAGAAGAGGUCUCGUUCCAGGUCUAGAUCUUCCUCUCGUAGCCGUUCUCGCAGCCGUGAUAGAGAUAAAGAAAAAAAGAAGCGACGCAGAAGUUCAAGCCGUGAUCAUAAGAAGAAGUCCCGUUCACGUUCAAGGUCGCGCAGACACGGCUCACGUAAGCGCAGCCAUUCUCGUCGUCGGUCACGCUCAAGAGAUCGUCAUCGUCGCUCAAGAUCACGUCGACAUUCAAGAUCGAAAUCACGCGACCACAGACGACGGUCGCGGUCCAGGGAGCGUAGGCGAAGGAGCCCAUCAUGGUCACGACCUCGUGUGCUUGACCAUCGUGAUCGUCGUGGAUUCUCUCCACCAUGGAGACGCUCACCACCCCGUGGACCACGUCUUCCAGGACCAGAAAGACGCGAUGUGAUGCCGUUUACCGCACGUCGUUCACCACCUCCAAAUGCAAAAAUGGAUAUGACAUCUGAAGAGCGUGACCAGCGUACAGUGUUUAUACUACAGAUAGCAAAGGAAACUCGACCACGUGAUCUGGAAGAAUUUUUCUCAAGCGUCGGACAUGUGCGCGAUGUGCGAAUCAUUACAGAUUCGAAAACUCGACGAUCAAAAGGAAUUUGUUAUGUGGAAUUUUGGGAAAUUGAAAGUGUUAAUUUGGCUCUUGCACUAAAUGGGCAAAAAUUACUCGGCGCUCCUUUAGUAAUCCAGCCAACGUUGGCUGAGAGGAACCGUGCAGCUAACAACACCGUUGGUGGAACGCUUGGCUUUGGUCCUACAAACACCACGGGUCCAUUGAAGCUUUAUGUUGGCCAGUUGCAUACAAGUAUAACGGAGGAUAUGUUAGGAAGGAUUUUCGACCCAUUUGGAAAGAUUGAGAACUUAGAAAUUGCAACCGAUCUCAGUGGCGUUUCCAAAGGAUAUGCAUAUGUCACGUUCCGACAUGCAGAUGAUGGUAAAAGAGCUAUGGAACAAAUGAAUGGUUUUGAAUUAGCAGGUCGUCCAAUGAAGGUUUGCUCUGUUGAAGGAGAUGAACUGCCACCACCAGUCCCUCAACGAACACUUGAUACUGAUGAUGCGGACAGACGUGGUAUUGAUUUAGGGACAAGCGGUCGUUUGCAUCUAAUGGCUAAACUAGCCGAAGGAAGCGGUUUGGAAUUGCCGAAAAGUGCUAAAGAAAUAUUAGCACAAAAUCAGCAGCAGUUGGAGAAUGUCACUGCGACAGGUCCUGCGAUUCCGCCGAUUGCAACGCAGUGCUUCAUGCUUUCCAAUAUGUUUGAUCCAUCUCAGGAAACAGGUGAAACUUGGGCUGAUGAAGUACGAGACGAUGUUAUAGAAGAGUGCGCAAAGAACGGAGGAGUACUGCACAUAUUCGUCGACAAAGCUUCCCCGAAUGGCAACGUUUAUGUGAAAUGUCCUUCCGUCGCUGCUGCUUUUAAAUCAGUGAACGCGUUACAUGGACGAUGGUUUUCAGGCAAAGUAAUCACAGCCAAUUAUGUUCCAGUCGCAAGCUAUUCACAAUUAUUCCCAGAUUCAGUUAUUGCACGAGAACCUAUUCUGUCAGCCGUAAAACCGCCAACUGGAGCAGUUACUCUGCCAGGUAUUGGUUACUGA